AUGGGUGCAAACGCUUCAUCUCAACUAGAAAAAGAAAUCGGUUCGGAUCAUUUACUGAGCAGUGAUCAUUUCUAUGGACUGGUCAAUUUCGGUAAUACCUGUUAUUGCAAUUCGGUUAUUCAGGCGCUUUAUUUUUGCCGUCCAUUCCGUGAAAAAAUUUUGCAGUAUAAACAACAAUUGAAGAAAUAUGAUAAGGAAUCAGGAAGAGAAAAAGAAAAUUUACUGACUUGUCUUGCUGACCUUUUCCAUAACAUAGCAACGCAGAAGAAACGAGUGGGCACAAUUGCUCCGAAAAGAUUUAUCACAAAAUUAAAAAAAGAAAAUGGUAUAUUUGAUAAUUUUUCGCAACAAGACGCCCACGAAUUCCUGAACUAUUUGCUAAAUACUAUAUCAGAAACCUUAGCUGAAGAGAAAAAAGCAGAAAAAAUGGAAAAAAUGAUUCGUACAAACGGAAUGACGAAGAAAGGCUCCAAUGUUGUCCUUCCACCGUACGAACCAUUAACAUUGUGUCAACCAAGUGGUUCAAAAAGUGAUGCUACAUGGAUUCAAGAAAUUUUCCAAGGAACUUUAACUAAUGAAACACGCUGCCUUAAUUGUGAAACGGUAUCGAGCAAAGAUGAAGAUUUUUUGGAUCUAAGCGUUGAUGUUGAGCAGAAUGUAUCAAUUACACAUUGUUUACGUGUCUUUUCUGAUAUGGAAACAUUACAAGGAGAACAGAAAUAUUAUUGUGAAAAUUGCUGUUCAAAGCAUGAAGCUCAAAAACGUAUGCGCAUUAAAAAAUUGCCGCAAAUGUUGGCAUUGCAUUUGAAACGGUUUAAAUACGUGGAGCAAAUGAAUCGCCAUACGAAAUUAUCAUAUCGAGUGUUGUUUCCACUCGAAUUACGUCUUUUCAAUGUGAGUGAUGAUGCAGUGAACAGGGAUCGUCUAUAUGAUUUAUGUGCAGUUGUAGUACACUGUGGUUCUACUCCAAAUCGUGGCCAUUAUAUUACACUUGUAAAGUCACAUAAUUUUUGGCUUCUAUUCGAUGACGAUAUAGUCGAUAAAAUUGAUCCUAUGGCGAUUGAGGAUUUUUUCGGUCUUUCGGAAUGUGGUGUACAAAAAAACAGUGAAUCUGCAUACAUCCUAUUUUAUGAAGCGAGGGAUGCUGUGAAUACGGACGUCAGAGGAGGAGUUGGACAAGUUGCUAAUGCAUCCAUUUAG